AUGCGACGUUCUUCCGUCUUUCUAGAUGCCGUUUUUACGGAGCUUUUCUAUGUGCCGGGAUUUCGUGCGUCGCCACCGAUAAUUCGGUGCCUGAUCGACAAAAUGCACAAUUGCCUUGAUUAUUCAAUCAAGAAUCUGCUCGAUCGUUAUAAGGUAGCAGUUUUGAAGCACUAUUUGACCCUGCCUCAUCCGCAAUUACUGGCGCCACUGGAGGAAGCCGAGAAGUUUCUUUCCUCCAUCAGUGAUGCAGAGUUACCGCGCUUUGUUAGCACCUACCCUUCCCUUCUCUCGUUCCCGGUAAACAUGGAGGUCGACCAGAGUACUCACUUUGUGGUAACUCGACAGUUAUUGCAGGAUUCGCUCCUCAGGCACUGGCUCGUUCAACUCAUUCUCCCCUUUGUGAUCAAAUGGGCGCUUGCUUUGUUUGGAGACCUUCACAAGCAUCCCAUGACUGACAAUAUUGCCGGCCUUUAUUGCGAUUGGAUUGCUGGUCGCCUAAUAAGUGAGCAGAUUUUUAUCUGGCUUAACACAUUCGCCGCUAGUGUCACAGACAUGCGAAUUCCUAUCCUCUUACCUGAUAUUGGUGUUACAAAUAUUUGA